AUGGUUAUUCAAACUAAAAAGACAACAGUGCAGGUGCAGUUCCUAAUUCUCUUUACAUUCCCCAAAGUAUUGAACAUUUUAAUUGUAAAUAAGGUAAACAGCAUGGCUGAAGUGAAAAAUGAAUCUGAAGAAGAGGAAUUUUUAGUUUACGCAGAAUUUGAAGACACUGUAAACAUUGAAAAAUAUCGAACUGUUCAUAUACUGGGUGUUGAUGGAAAUAAUCCUAUUAUGCAAAUGGAUGACACGUUUUUUACAGGUAAAUAUGACAACGCACUAGGAACGUUUAUGUUUUUCGAAGAAGAUCCAGACCCGAAAUCGGAAGACUCGUUAUUUGAUAAAUUACCUGAGAAAAAUCUGAAAUAUGUUUGUAAGACAGGAAAAUUACUGACCAUGGAACAUGCUUAUGUUACUCCUAAAGAAGGCCAUGAUCUCCAAAACAUGAAACUAGAAGUAGAAGAUAACAUAGAACCAAUAAAUUUUAAAACAUUACAAGAAGCUAUUGAAAAGUUUAAGAGUCAUUUCGAAGAAGAAUCAAAAACAGAAGUCAUAGAUUAA